CCCUCGUUUUAUGCGAAGCGAUUCACUCUCUCAAAUCAGAAUCAAUGGCGUCGAAGAAGAUCGGAGGCAAAUCCGGCGGCGGAGAUUCAAGCAUCCUGGCUAAGAUCGUGAACUCCGAUAUCGUAUCUCAGGGAAGAAGCGUUGCGUGCGACGCCGUGUACGUGUCGAAGAAGCUUCUCAAGAGCACCGGCAAAGCGGCGUGGAUCGCCGGAACAACUUUUCUGAUCCUGAUCGUGCCGUUGAUCAUCGAGAUGGAUCGAGAGCAGCAGUUCAGUGAGUUGGAGCUUCAGCAGGCGAGCCUCCUCGGAGCUCCUCCGUCGGCCGGCGCGCAAAAGUAACACUGUUGAAUCCCACCGUCGAUCUUAAUUAGAUUUUAAAUCAGUGAAUUUUCUGUAUGUGUUUUUUUUUUGUUUUGUUCCAAUCGUACUACUGCCUGUUGUGGUUCCCCCAAACAUUUCGACUCGCGUGGAAGAACGGGAAAUGUUACGGAAGUUCAUUGAAUUCGUAGUGGCAGCAGAUUCAUGAGUCUCGAACAAGUUUGAUCGUAUAUACACUCUGGAAUCAAUCGGGUUUAUUGAUAA